AUGGAGCAUCUUUGCCUCUGUCCCCUCGUAGCUCUCCUGGUCUGCGCAGUGACAUUACUAACACUCAGAAAAAUACUCAAAAUCGUGAUCCAAGAUAGAGAGAAAUCAACGGCUGAUAUUCCUCCGGGAAGCCAUGGUUUUCCGGUGAUCGGAGAAACACUUCAGUUCAUGCUUUCCGUUAACAGCGGCAAAGGUUUCUACGAAUUCGUCCGUACUCGCCGUAUCAGAUACGGAAGUUGCUUUAGGACAAGUUUGUUCGGAGAGACGCACGUGUUCCUGUCGACGACCGAGUCAGCUCGGGCGGUUCUGAACAACGAGUCAGGGAUGUUCACGAAACGAUACAUAAAAUCCAUCGCUGAGCUUGUAGGUGAUCGGAGCCUUCUGUGUGCUUCUCAUCACCAUCAUAAGAUUCUUCGUAGCCGUUUGAUCAACUUGUUCUCCAAAAAAUCUACGGCUAUGAUGGUUAGACACUUUGAUGAACUCAUCGUCGACGCUCUUAGUGGAUGGCAACACCGUGGUACAGUGGUCUUGCUCACAGAUUUGCUCCAGAUAACAUUCAAAGCAAUGUGUAAGAUGUUAAUAAGUCUAGAAGCCGAAGAAGAAUUGGGUUCCUUGCAAAAAGAUGUGGGCUUUGUUUGUGAAGCCAUGCUCGCUUUUCCUCUCAAUUUACCUUGGACUAGAUUUCAUAAGGGCAUCAUGGCAAGAGGAAGAGUUAUGAAGAUGUUAGAAAAGAUAAUUAGAGAAAGGAGAAAUGAAACCAAUAGCCAUAAUAACUAUCAUGAAGAUUUUCUGCAGCAGCUUCUUGCAGUAGAUAACGACAACUCUUCUUCGUCUUCUGAUCAUUCUACUAAGUUGACUGAUGCUGAUAUUAAGGACAAUCUUUUGACCAUGAUCAUUGCAGGACAAGACACGACGGCUAGUGCUUUAACAUGGAUGGUUAAAUACCUCGGUGAAAAUCAGAAGGUUUUGGAUAUUCUUAUUGAAGAACAAUCUCAGAUUGCGAAGAAGGCAUCGGAAAAGCCGUUUCUUGAACUAGAAGAUCUCAGUGAAAUGCCAUAUGCAUCAAAGAUGGUGAAAGAAUCUCUGAGAAUGGCGUCUGUCGUGCCGUGGUUCCCAAGAUUAGUACUUCAAGACUGUGAAAUGGAAGGAUACAAGAUUAAAAAAGGGUGGAAUAUAAACAUUGAUGCAAGAUCCAUUCAUCUUGAUCCUACCGUAUAUAUUGAACCUCACAAGUUCAACCCUUCAAGGUUUGACGAGGAAGCAAAAGCAAACAGUUUCUUAGCAUUUGGGAUGGGAGGAAGAACAUGUCUUGGACUUGGUAUGGCCAAAGCCAUGAUGUUAGUCUUUCUCCACCGUUUCAUAACCACUUACAGAUGGGAGGUGGUAGAUGGAGAUCCAAGCAUCGAGAAGUGGACAUUGUUUGCAAGAUUGAAGAGUGGAUAUCCAAUUCGUGUGUCACGUAGAUUGUAAUAUAUUAGUAUUAACUAGAUCUUAUAUAUGUAUAAACAAACUCAACGAGUGUGUUCCUAGAUACGAUGUUUAAUUUCAUAUCCAAAUGUAAUAUUAACAAUUUUGCAUUAA